AUGCGCUCCGUUGCCUUCGCUGCUCUCAUCGGCUCUGCCGCCGCCUUCGCUCCUUCCACUCCUGCUCCCCGCCUUCGCUCCCCGGCCACCUCCCUCUCCAUGGCCAUGGACAAGUCCGGACGCGCCCCCGUCAUCACCGUCUUCGACCACAGGGGAUGCACCGCCCACGCCAACAAGGAGUACACCGGCGCCAAGGCCAACUCCCAGGACGACGAGAUGCUCGUCAAGGCCCAGUCCGUCAAGAUCGAGGUCUCUGCUGCCACCGCCGACUCCGUCCUCCAGCAGACCAUCUCCACCCUCAAGAGGAAGUAAGCAUUUUUGAGUGAAACCGAGAGCUCGUAGGUCGUUAUGUUUUUGGGGAAUAAAUGGCUUAACUCCA